AUGACAGUCUCACCUGAGUCCGACCCCCACAUGGGCCAACCUGGGAACCCGAAUCCCAGUGAUCCCACCCCCGUACCCGACGACCUUGAUGAUUUCGAAGCAGUGAUCGAAGAAGAAGACAACGAUGAAUCAGAAGAAGACGACGAAGAAACCGAACCCAUAACUCCGGAGGCCCAAAUGCGUACGGAUCAGGUCAGUAUGGAGUCCCUUUUCAAGCGCCUUUCCACGGAGCGAGUCCCAGUAAGAGUGCACGAUGUUUUGAUUAAGGGCAACACGAAAACCAAAGACUCAAUCAUCGAGGCUGAGGUCGAGGAACUGCUCAAGAACGCCACCACGGUACAACAGCUGCUCCAGGCUGCGGGUGUUGCCAACGCCCGGCUGCAGCGCCUUGAUAUUUUUGAUUCUGUGAACAUUACACUUGACGCCGGCCCGCCCGAGCUCCCUGGAACUGCCAAUGUUGUGGUAGAGGUUUCCGAGGCCAAGAACCCGCUCACCGGUGAUGUAGGGAUUUUUUCCAAACCCGAGGCUAGGUCAUGGUCUCUCGAAGGAUCUCUUAAGCUGAAAAAUUUGUUUGGUUAUGGAGAUUUAUGGGAUGGUUCCAUGGCUUAUGGCUGGGGUCAAGCAUCAGAAGUUAGUGCUGGAGUCUUCGUUCCCAAAUUCAAAGCAUUGGCCACACCUUUAACAGCUCGAAUAUCUCUUCUUUCCCAAGAUUGGUUGAAGUUUUCUUCUUAUAAAGAGCAAGCACUUGGCCUGUCACUUGGCCUAUUAUCCAUUGGGAAUCACGAUCUGUCAUAUAACCUCUCAUGGCGUACCUUAACUGAUCCAUCUCGAAUGGCUUCUCACUCAGUUAGGAGGCAGCUUGGACAUGGUCUGCUCUCAGCUUUGAAGUACACAUUUAAAAUUGACCAGCGAAAUUCACCUCUAAGGCCAACUCGAGGAUACGCUUUCCUUUCCAUGACACACAUCGGUGGUCUUGUUCCAGACAACCGAAGCUUGCGUUUUAUUCGUCAGGAAUUUGAUCUUCGUUAUGCUGUUCCCUUGGGAUUUUACCAUGCUGCUUUGAACUUUGGAAUCUCAGGUGGUUUUAUUUUCCCAUGGGGGAGAGGAUUCUUGAAUACACCUUCAUAUUUACCUGAGAGGUUCUUCUUGGGUGGUAAUGCUUCUCCAGUUUGCACCUUGAGAGGCUCAACAUCAAUUUUAGGUUUCAAGGCAAGGGGACUAGGCCCUGCCGAGCCUCGAAGGCAAGAAAGGGGAAACUCUAAUAAUGAAAGCUCUGAUGCCUCUACUGGAGUGGAUUUUAUUGGAGGAGACCUUGCUGUCACGGCUUUUGCAGACUUGUCUUUUGAUCUUCCCUUGAGGGUGCUUAGAGAAGCUGGUAUCCAUGGCCAUGCUUUUGCCUGCACAGGAAGCCUGACUAAAUUAACUGAGAAUGCAUAUCGAGAAUUGUCGUUACAGAAAUUAAGAGAAUCCUUUCGAUGCUCUGCAGGAUUUGGUAUCAUUGUACCCACCAAGCUAUUCCGCAUGGAGGUUAACUACUGUUACAUACUGAAACAACACGAACAUGACCAAGGGAAGACUGGUGUGCAGUUUAGCUUCUCUUCUCCACUAUAA